GCUAUUUGAUCCGCCGGGGGUGGCAGGAGGGGGUAUUUUUAGCCGUGCUUAGAGCUGUCUGGGUGGAUAAGGGGGAGCGUGCAGGUUGCCGCGGCCAGGCGGAGCGGGACGGGAUUUGUGUGUGUCCCCCCCCCUUCUUCUCCUCCUCAUCUUUGCCCAUUUGCUGUCUGCGAGCAGGGCUGGCUCCCUCGCCGGCUGCCUCCCUUAGGUCGCCUUUUUUUUUUUUUUUUUUUUUUUUUUUUUUUUUUUUUUUUCCCCUUGUAUUCUUCUCUUGUGCAACAGGGGGGCGAGGCUGGCCUCCGCUUCUCCUCCUCGGCAUUUCAGCCCCGCCAACGAACACCCCAGCCCCGACGGGAGCCCAUGAAGUUGCCGUGGGUCCCCAGGGCAUCGCCGCCCUCGGGGGGCUCGGGGACCCCCGGGAUCCUCGCUCCGCGUUGAGCCGCCCCUGGCUGCAUCCCUCCGCCGGCCCGGGACGCCCAUGGCAGUGGCGAGAUGUUCGUGUCCCGAGUCCUGGACUUCCAGAAGACGCGUUACGCCAGGUUCAUGAAUCACCGCGUCCCUUCCAACCGCAGGUACCAGCCGACGGAGUACGAGCACGCAGCCAACUGUGCCACCCACGCCUUCUGGAUCCUGCCCAGCAUCCUCGGCAGCUCCAUCCUCUACAUCCUCUCUGAUGACCAGUGGGAGACCAUCUCGGCCUGGAUUUAUGGCUUUGGCUUGUCCAGCCUCUUCAUCGUCUCCACCAUCUUCCACACCAUCUCCUGGAAGAAGAGGCACCUCAGGACGGUGGAGCACUGCUUGCACAUGUUCGACAGGAUGGUGAUCUACUUCUUCAUCGCCGCCUCCUACGCUCCCUGGCUGAACCUGCGGGAGCUGGGGCCCUGGGCCUCCCACAUGCGCUGGAUCAUCUGGAUCAUGGCAUCGGUCGGCACCGUCUACGUCUUCUUCUUCCAUGAGCGGUACAAGCUGGUGGAGCUGGUGUGCUACGUUAUCAUGGGCUUCUUCCCCGCCGUGGUCAUCCUCUCCAUGCCCAACAGGGAUGGCCUCCCGGAGCUGGUGGCCGGCGGGCUUUCCUACUGCCUGGGCAUGGUCUUCUUCAAAAGCGACGGCCGCAUCCCCUUCGCCCACGCCAUCUGGCACCUCUUCGUGGCCAUCGGGGCUGGCAUCCAUUACUACGCCAUUUGGAGGUACCUCUACCGGCCCAGCGCGCUGGAGGCCAAAAGGCCCCGAUAGGUGCCUUAAGGACACUGCUCGCCUCAGCAGGGACAUGGGGACAUGGAAAGGGGCAUGGGGAGGGGAGCCUGGGCUGUGGGCUCACCCCAAAGCCACCCGCUGUCCCUGUGGGUAUAGACGGAAGAGCUUUCCCACACAGACAAAAGAGCCUGAAGAUUGAUUUUAAACAUUUUUUUUUUAACCUUGUGAACUGCUUAUUUUUUGUUUUUAGGCAAAGUUUUUGUAACACAGUGACCAAUUGAGGGGCGACAGGGGAAUGACCUCUUGUGGGGGGUUGGGGGAGGCUUUGCCCACCCCGCUGACCUUGAGCAUCCCAUGGGAGCAGCGGCCCUGACCCCACACCCCGCACUUGGUGACAACCUGGGUUUGGCUACUGGAGCCCUUGGUGUGGGCCACCCGCUGCCAUCCCCAUAACCCACAAGUGGCAGGGCAGAGCCGGCAGCACGCAGUGAUGCUCCAGGUCCCUGUGGCCUUCUCAACGGGAAGGUCCAGAGUCAUCAAAGCCUUACACGUGAUUAAAACUUGAAUCUCUUCCAGCCCCCCCCCCCCCAGCCUCCCAGGGCACUGCAGAACCCUUCCUCCGAGCCAGUUAAGUGCACGACCCAGUGCACUGCUCCUAGACAGGCCCUCGGAGCCCCCCCACCCCCUGACAUUUUCUCCCUGGGGCUCUUGGUUCUCCCCACUGGUCUCAGUGCUGGUGGCACCCCAAGGCAUGGCCAUGCUCAGCCUCUGCCACAUGUGGGCCUCUGCCCUUCGGGGAGGAGGCUCCCGAGGUCCGUCAGGCUGCAUUCAGUCUGUCUCUGUCGGGGUAUUUUCUUUCUUCUUGAGGAGGGAAGGGAAACUCCUUGAAUUAGGGUCACAGGCCUGGCUGCCUGUUGCCUCUGGUCACAUUUUAUGGUUUCCAGGCUUGUGCCAGCCUCUUGCUCAUCAUCAGAUUUAAAUCCACUUUGGGGAGGGUUUCUGGCAUUCCCAGGAACACCGCAGGGAAGGGGUGCACCUAGGUGAUGCUCAGAGGUGAGCUGUGAUGGGUAGAUCCUAGUGAUAAUCAGUUUUUAAACACCCACACGUGGCUCCACAGUGCUCUUCAAGGCAGGACAGCGAGGACGCAGGACUCCUUGUUCUCCCCCUAGCCAUGGGGAGGGCAGUGCCUGGUGCUGUCCAGCACGUGGGACGGGCUGUGCACACAUGGACCCGACAGCCAGGUCCACCUGGAUGGGAACAUCACCUGGAGGGGAAUGUCACCUGGAGGGGAACAGCUCCUCCUUUUCCUCCAUUGGCCACUGAGGACUGAAAUCCAGCACCCAGCGAUGUGAAAAGCCAAGCUAAACUGGAUGGAAAACGAAGUGCUGCAUACUGCCAAGCCUCCAGCAAUUCUUCAAGCUCAUCGGGCAAUUUGUCACUGCUUCUGUCUGAGCUGAGCAUGGACCCUGGAGUCCAAACUGCCCAGUUUUACUUACGCCAGAAGAAAUAUCAGGGUCUGCUGUGUGCCGGGGUCCCGUGCAGCCCCCACAAACUUGGUGCUGCCCUCAGCCCCACCUGCACCUUCCUCGGGAGCCGUCGAUGUUCCACCGGCUCUGCUCACCCUGUGACUGAUGGCAGCUGCGGCAGCCCCACAAGGCGCUGCCAGCAGAGGAGCUUUGCAGCUACCCUUCUGCAUCUCCCAUCCCUCCAGCAGCCUCUUGCCGAGCCGAGCUCCUGGCCCCGGCCCCAGGACCAGCUCUGCAUGCCCAAAUUACCAAAGAGAAGGCAUCUCGGUACACUUCCCCUCCUGGCGUGGUGGCUGUGGCCACCAGGUAGGCAAGAAAACCCAUAGGAGAGCGUUCCUACAAGGGGCUGUGCCCCAUGUCACUGGCUUGGGGCUCUCAGGUGCCCCAAAGCAGCCUUUGGGAUGGGAUGGCUCUUGGGGUGACUGGUGGUCUUGGGGGCAGGAGGUGAUGGAUCUGGUGGGGUCUCUGCUGCUGCAUCCCCCAGAGAGCUGUGCAUUGAGCAAAGGGCAGUUUGUGGGAUGAUUUGGGGUCAGAAUAGAGAGAUACAUGGUCUCGGAGUGCAAGCUGCCAUUUUUGCCCUCUGGCAACUCACUACCCUUCUCCACGCCUCAGUUUCCCCAUCUGUAAAAUGGGGGUGAAGACAGCGACCUCGGGGGGCUUCUGUGUGGGCUUGGUAGGCACGGGGAGGAUGAGCGGGGCUUCACGAGCACCGUCACCUAUUUUAUACUAAUUUUCAACAACUUGUAACAUUCGGGACAUCUGUGGAGGAGCGACCUUUUUAGCAUCUUAUACUUUUUCACCGUCCGUUCCUCGUUCAGUCGGUAUUUUCUAUUUAACACGGUACUGGAGCGAAUUAAAUACAAACCGAAGGAAGCUAACGCUAGUGAACGUCGUUUCCUGUGGAGUAGGACUGAAAUAAAAACCCGAGAUACCUCAC